GCCACUUGAUUGCGUAGUCAUGCUCACCGCUGCUGCAGAGGUGCUGGCUGCUGCCGACAGCUCCGAGUCUGCAGAGUCCGCGUGGGCCUGGAGAGACGCCCCGAUCGCUACUCUGGUACAGAGGGUCCAGCAGCUGCAGAACGAACGCGCACAGGCCUUCCGCCGUCUGGACCAAGCUCACCGUCAGUACCUGCUCAGUGAUCUGCACCAUGACUUCCCGAGUUACCGGAGUGUCGUGCACGAGGUGACGCAGGCUUUCGCCGCUGCCUCGCGGGAGGUACUGGCAGUGGAAGCAGAGUUGGCGGGGCCUCGAGCGCAACCGGUGCUCGCCCGCCACGUGCGCAGCCUGCAGGAGCUAGAACAGACGCGCCUGGCCACGGUGGCGCUGCUGCAGGUGAUGGGGACACCAGGAGUGUCAGAACAGGACCCUGAAAAGUUGCACCAGCUGAAAAUAAAAUGCAUGCUUCCCAGAAUGUGCAUGGGUAUCAUGUCGCCUACAGUUUCCAGUGCUUUCAGGAGUCUGACCAUGCCCACAGCCACGCUUGCUCCCGUGUGAACCCCUGCAGUUCUCUUGCAGGGUAAUUAAAACCAUGGAGGCGGUCAGCGAGGUUCUGCAGGAACUCAGGUUUGAUGCCGAAUCUGUAGAGUGAGGGCGGCUCCCCAGGGACCAGAGGAAGACGGGAAAAGAGGCCCAUGGCGUCCAGCCCAGCCCUGACCGCCAGCUGGCUGAGGUCGUGCCCUGCUGGGCUGCCCUCCAAUGCGCCGCACGCAAUAAAGAAUUCUCCCUCUGCAACUUUC